AUCGUCUAUGUGAUGACAAUGUGAAUUUUCAAGCUGCGCUCUUACAACACAGAUCCGAGAUUUCAUUUCCCCGCUGUCGCACUUAAUAACUCAAACAGUUUCGUGUGGUAAGCACUCCAACGAAGAUGAACGCUGACACGUGGAGACUCCCAAGAAUCGCACACCUUGCGCACAGAUCGCCUCCAAUGAAAACUUUGACAAACAAGAGAAUGAGAAUCUAUUGGCGUUCUGCACGUAUCUUUGCGCAAUCUUCGAGCGGCGAGUUUUGUGCUCCGCCAUGAAAUCGCACUAACUGGAUUAAUAUAGCAGAUCUGGACACGGAAUGGGGGAAAGGCAGCCGUCAGGUGACGCAGGUUGUUGUGCCUCCGCAAAAAUGUGUGGAUAAGUCCACAUGGAUUGGGUCGUAAAGAUUGCGCAAUGUAGGGGAAAUGUGUGAAUCGUCCAUUCGUUUAGAUAGAGUACAGUGUCUGUGGAUAGCGAAGCUGCCGUUCACGGUUGGUGGAGUCGGAUGGUUGCCACCAAUGGCAUCGGGUCCUGUGCGAAAGGAAUGUCCAAUCUACCGGAGAAAGAUGAAAGUCUGACAUCUAAUAGAGAAUGCACCCAUGAGCGUUCGGCAACCCAAUUCCAGUUGCGCGGUAGAAACUGCUCAUCUUUACUGUGCCGAAAUGGCGUUCUCGCCUCCGACCCCUUCCUCUUCCUCGUCAUCUAGUGCUUAUUCAACUUCAUUGGCAUUUGAUAGACAACAAGCUUGGAGGUUUCCAAGGCUCAUGUCUCCUUGCAUACGGUACAACGCUUGGUAUUCAUCAUGGACAAACGCGGCAGCUUACAGUGACUGAAACUGCUCAUAUUCUCAAUCUUUUAGGAGUAAAGUGCGGUGUAGAAUGGUACGUAGAAUUGCUGAAGCGUGCGAGGGAUGACGUGUGGAGCAAAGACAAAUUGCAAUUUGGCAGGAGUGGUAGGGUAAAGGAUUGUUGUGGGUUUCAAGAGCGACAACAUUACGUGAAAAUGGGCAACGGGGGAGAAUUUGAGUUGUCGCAAGAGGUGUUGGCGGUUCUUCCCUCAGAUCCAUAUGAGCAGCUUGAUGUCGCUCGUCGUAUUACAGCCAUGGCCAUAUCCACCCGCAUGUCAAAAUUAGAAUCGGAAACUGGGAAGCUGCGGCAGAGGCUGGCAGAAAAGGAGCAUGUGAUUCUCGGUUUGCAGGAGCGCGUUGCAGAAGCUCAAUCAACCUUACAAGAGACGAAUUCGAAGAUCACACAAUCUAUGGACGAGCAGGCGAAGCUUGCUACUGAGAAGAAUUCGCUGGCUCUUCAAGUGAAAAAGUUAAUGCGGGAUGUUGCAAAGUUGGAGACUUUCAAACGGACACUUAUGCAAUCCCUUCAGGAAGAAGACGAUAAGCACGGCGGCGAAGGCGGGAAUAACCGUGGAGAGCCUCAGAGUUUGGCCCUUUACAAGGCUACUCAAACUUUGAGUAAAGCGCAAAUAUUCGAGGAUGAUGGUCGGUAUGCAAGGGCGUCUUUCAGCGCAAACCCUCCUCAGUAUCAUGACGAUGCCGAUAGCAAAUCAGCUACACCAACGUCUCAGAGUGCACGUAACUCACCGAAACAAAUUAUUCGUGGAACAUCUUCUGCACGAGGAACACCGUCAUUGACUCCACGGUUGACCCCCACUGGAUCUCCCAAACCCCAGCCUAAGAAAGGGUCACCUUUGCCCUCAAGUUAUACCCUUGAUUCUCAGCAUAUUCAGAUUCCAACUUCGCAACCAACUAGUCGAUCCAGCUCGCCCCCAAGCUCUGGUUCUGGUCAAUCACGCACUACUCGACUUGAUGGCAAGGAGUUCUUCCGUCAAGCUAGGGCUCGGUUGUCAUACGAGCAAUUCAGCUCAUUUUUAGCAAACAUUAAGGAGCUUAAUGCACAUCGUCAAACACGGGAGGAGACUCUGGCGAAUGCUGAGGAUAUCUUUGGCCCAGAGAACAGGGACCUGUAUGCUGCAUUCGAAGGAAUUCUAAGUCGCCAUCUUCCUUCAUAGGUCUUUUUCUCCCAAAUGAGGACUGGCUGAUGAUUGUUGAAGGUGGUUAUGUAGUCUGCGCUUGUAUGGUGCAUCCUCAGAUUUCUCUCAAGCGGGUCAUACUGGAGAAGUAAGCUUCACAUGCAUGUAAUUAUUUGAGGCUCUCCUGUCAUUGUCGGCAAAGACAUCUUGUAGAUUCUUUGACAGUCUACCGGUAAGGACCUUCUUCCGAUCUGGUGCCAUCUGAAAGCAUCUCGUAACGUCAAAAAGUGACAAUCGAGUAUGCUUGUAGGACCUGAGCAUUUUGUUUGAAGAUAACAUAAUGUACCCGUCAACAAGGUGGCGGAGUUGCAAGUUCCCUAUAUUUGUACGAUUCUGAAAAUACGUAGGCAAGUAAUUGCCGCUACGUGCUUCUAAAUAACUAAAUGGACUCUGGAAUUUUUCUCUCAA